CGGAAGUUUCGAUUCUAAAGUAGCAUCACCAGUCCGACUAGAUGCGCCUUCUGUCUCCACGCCCACACUUCCCAGGAAGUCCUUCCAUUCUCCUCAAUCUUCAUUUUCUGAGUUGCUCUACUUUAUCUUGGAAAAGUCCAUGGAACUCCCGUACGUGAGGGAUAAUUGGAACUCAGGCGUACCGGCAGGCAGCCCUGCGUUUCCAGUGACGUCAGUCAGGCGCGCCGGCGGGAGAAGGACCCUUACAUGCUGUGCGUUAGGGUCCUAGAGCACUCGCGUCCUGACCCCGCCUCCAGGCGCCGCGUUCCGGAAGAAGGGAAGGAGACACGUGAGUGUGCCCGGCAGUAUGGAGCUAGUUUGUGGCUGCUACGAGCAAGUUCUUUUCGGGUUCACGGUGCGCAGGGAGCCGGGUCCGAGCGGCCAGAGCGAGGUACUGUGCUGAGAUCUGGAGAUAUAAAUGCAAGAAAUCAAAAUAAUCCUUGGCCUCAAGAAGCUUACACUCUAAGAAGGAAAAAUAACAUCCAGGGCAGCUGGAAGAAAUGGACCCCUGUGGCUGACUUCACCCACCAUGGUCAUGCUGCCUCCUUGUCAGCAGUGGCUGUAAAUAACCGUUUUGUGGUCACUGGAAGCAAAGAUGAAACAAUUCACAUCUAUGAUAUGAAAAAAAAGGUAGAGCAUGGAGCACUGCUGCAUCAUAAUGGCACAAUAAAUUGCCUGAAAUUCUUUGGUAAUGGGCACUUAAUCAGUGGAGGAGAAGAUGGACUAAUUUGUGUGUGGGAUGCGAAGAAAUGGGACUGUUUGAAGUCUAUUAAAGCACAUAAGGGACAUGUGACUUCUCUUUCUGUACAUCCAUCUGGCAAGUUGGCACUAUCAGUGGGAACGGACAAGACAUUACGAACUUGGAACCUUAUUGAAGGAAGAUCCGCAUUCAUAAAAAAUAUAAAACAAAAUGCUCACAUAGUUGAAUGGUCCCCUAGUGGAGAGAAGUAUAUUGUUGUCACAGUGAACAAGAUAGAUAUCUACCAACUUGAAACUGCAUCCAUUACUGGUACCAUCACCACUGGAAAGAGAAUUUCUUCUGUUACAUUUAUUUCAGAUUCCAUACUUGCUGUGGCUGGAGAUGAAGAAAUUGUAAGGUUGUUUGACUGUGAGUCACAAAAAUGUCUCUGUGAAUUUAAGGCUCAUGAAAACAGAGUAAAAGACAUUUGCAGCUUUGAAGUCCCAGAGCAUCAUGUUAUUGUUACAGCAUCGAGUGAUGGCUUCAUCAAAAUGUGGAGGCAUAACCCAAAUAAGAAGACACCCCCAUCUUUACUAUGUGAAGUAAAUACUAAAGCCAGACUCACCUGCCUUGGAGUGUGGCUAGACAAAAUUACGGACACCAAAGAUCAUCUUCCUACAGCUGCAGCCCCCUCUCCUGUAAACAAAGAAGAACAAGAGUUCAAGACUAGCCCCCCAAAAUCUGAUGAUUCAGCAGGAAAAAAGCAACAAUCCAAGAAAUUAGAUUGCACUAAGGAUAGUAAAAAACCAACAAAAGCAGAAAAUGUAGUGUCAGUCAAGAAAAGAAAAUUGGAAGGUGUACUAGAAAAAAAGAAAAAAAAGAAAGUGCAAAUCACUGAAUAAAUCUUUGAAAAUUCAAGAAAGUCUUUGUAAAGGAAUCAUUAUUUCUCAAUUUUGUCUAAUUAUUUUUGUUUUUUAAUAAAAAUAAGGAUUUCUACAACUGAGAAAUCCAUAUGGCACACGUGAAAACUUUUUGUUUUCUAGAGGUCUCAGUGUGUUAAGUGCAUAUAAUAUAGUAACACAAAAUAUAUUUUUUUUUGUUAUGUAAAGUAAAUAAUGUUUGGAUUUAUAAUCUUUUCAGAAGUCCUAACCCAUUCUUUUCUAAUUCAAAUAGAAAAUGAAUAGAGAGGGAGAUUGUCAGUGUGGUGGUAGAUCAACCCUUAGUGAAAAAAUACUUUUUAAAAAAGUUGUAAAAUUGUUAAUAAAAAAAAAUAAGUCAAAAAGGAAUUUUGUAAAUGAUGUAGGGAAGGGUAACAUUUAAAGUGUUGUUUUCAUGCCUUCUACCAAGAAUGGAAACAAAUCUUAGCUAACGUGGGACUCGGUAUUCUCAACAAAGAUGAAGAGACAUAGUACACAAUCUGCUGUGUGCAGUGAAGUUGUCUCCUACCUAGAUUUCUGACUGUCUUGAAAUAGCAGAGUAAGAAAGGCAAGUGCUUAGUGCAAUGACAUAGAGAAGCAAAUAUUUGAGGCCUGUAAAGAUGAACAGGGAAGCAGGACAAUGGGUUUUAUGUUUAGUCUGAUGGACAGAAUAAAGUAAACAUUUUCUUCAAUUUGUGUCUUUCCUCUGUAAAGCAAGGUUUAAGUAAUGGAACGAUUAUCCAAAGAACAAUUUUUUUAUGGGUAGGGCAUGUUAUGUGAGUGAAAUACAAAACCAGAUACUUGGAUUUGCAAGUAUUAGAUUACAUGGAAAAAGGAUAAAGAUGGCAGAAAAAUAGUCUGCAUACACUUUUUUAUUUUUGUGGAGCAAUGAGGAUUAAGGGACUUGCCCCAAGGGUCACAUAGCUGAUAAGUGUCAAGUG